AUGAUUUCCAAGGAAAUUUGCGUCAGUAGAUUUGUACAAAGCUGUGAUAGGUUCUUGGAAACAGCAAUCGCUUUCCACUCAGAAAAUAAGGAUGUGGUAUACUUGAGCUACCGUUACCACAUCAUCUCGUGCAACAUCCAAAGCGGAGAGCUGGAAGUAAUUGAUCAGAUUCCUUAUGCAUUCAUCUCUCCAAAACAGUCAAGCUCACUUGGUGGCCUACACCAGUUUCGAAGUGCACACGCCCACAGAAUGCCCAUCUCCAGUACUGAUGCAAUAAUUCUUAUUUUAUCUGAUCUCCCUAUACGUGGUGAAAAGUCGCAAUCUAUUGAGGAAUAA